AUGGCUUUGACCAUGGGCUUCCGCAAGGCAUUGGCAGGGCUCUUCCUGGUGGUUUGCCUGGCCGAAGCCGACAAGCAGGCCGAACUCGAGCCCACCGACGAGGAGAUCAUGGCUCUCUUCCAUCCCUCCAUUGCCUUGGCGAUGGGCAGGCUGGCAGCUUAUUCAUACUGCGGGAACAAGCUGCAACCGGCACGAGUGGAGCAUUGCCCUUCUUGUGAGCGCGCGGGCUUUGAGGUGGUGAAGGGCUCUGUGGAGAAGCUGUUUGUGCCGUUCCACGACGAUCCCGAGGCGAACUUUUUCAUUCUGGCUCAGUUUGUCCGCACCGACGACGACGCGAAGGACGUGCCUUCCAAAGGAUGCUUCGUCGUUACUCGCGGGAGCUCGAACAAGGCUAACUGGGUAUCGAACUUUCAGAUGGGAAUGGUAGAUCCAGAGUGGCCGCAUUGCCCAGAUUGCCGCUUACACAAAGGCUAUCAUGGCGUCUAUGAUCGGGCGCUGCCUGGUAUCCAGAAGUAUCUUGAUGCUCAUGGCUGCGGUCGCGAGGAUGGCGACUCCGUCUGGAUCACCGGCCAUUCCUUGGGUGGAGCAGUCUCGUCCAUCAUGAUCGCGGGGCUCACCGACCUCGGUUACAAUGUCGCGCUAUCCUACGUGCUUGAGCCACCGAUGACGGGCAACGAAGCUUACAGGCAGUACUUUCUGAACAGCGUGGCGCGCAACCACCAGCCCGUGCCAGUCAUUCGAUUGACGAAUGGCCAAGACACGGCGCCAAGUUAUCCGUGGAACACCAAGCUGGCCGCGUAUGUGCCUUUGCCAUACGAAUUCUUUUCCGACCCGGUGUGGGGCACGCAUCGGAUCUGCAGAAAUGCUUCGACGGAUUGCGCAGCAGGUGUCGAUCAUCGCCAGUUCUGGGCCGACAAGUCCCUAUACACUGACCACGUCAUCUUAUGGUAUGCUCCACAUCAUAUGAUGACAGCUGCUUGGAGGGUGCCACAGUGGUGCACGGUCAACCCGGAUCCCGUGUGGAUGUACAUGGAGUUUUCUCUCGUGAGUUUGUACGUCUUUGUCUUUGAAGCGGGCCUAUGGAAUGCCGUGAUUCGGAGCCUUCUGUUGUUCAUCCUUGGCGGCAUCUUGGUGGCCGUCUGCGUGCGCUGCAGCUGCCGUGGCCACAAGUGCCUGGGCAACCAUUACAAGCGUAUCCCUGAGAAAUAG